UAUCACCGAAGGAGCAUGCGCACUAGGAAGUCCGGGUGAUAGAGCGUGCGCAUGCGCAAACCGGCGGCAGCCCUGGUGAUAUCUCAUCAGAAAGAUGUCACAGAGCAGGCGUAGUAGUAAAGGACCUGGCCCUUCUCAGGUACAGUCCAUGGAUGUAGAUGAAGAAUACACAUUGACGCAAACUCUGACAUCCAGCCAGGUGCAGCGCAACUUGGAACGACGGUCACAGAAACAAGUGGAACACAAAGUGACCGAGUUAGUACAAUUUAUCCUAGUCAAAGAUCAGAAGAAAAUCCCUAUUAAACGGACAGAUAUUCUAAAACAUGUCAUUAAAGACUAUAAGGACAUUUUCCCUGAGAUUCUGAAACGUGCCAACAACAUAUUUCAGCAGGUAUUUGGCUUGGAACUGGUGGAGGUUGAUCCAAAGCAUCACAGCUACAUCCUGAUCAGUAAAUUGCCACCAUUGCAAGAUGAGGUUAUGAAAGAAGAUGAAAACACCCCCAAGAUGGGCCUCCUCCUAAUCAUUCUCAGUCUUAUUUUUAUGAAGGGCAAUGUUGUCAAAGAGACUGUUGUUUGGGAGAUGCUAAGGAGACUACAACUUGAAUACUCUGGGAAAAAACACAAGAUCUUUGGUGAUGUGAAGAAACUGGUGACAGACGAAUUUGUCAAACAGAAGUACCUGGAGUACAUUCGCCUCCCACACACAGAUCCACCGGAGUAUGAAUUCAGAUGGGGACCACGAGCUGCAAAAGAGUUAUCUAAGAGGCAGAUCCUCCUGUUUGUUGCAAAGAUGCAGAAGAAGAAACCUGAAACUUGGAAGAGUCAGUACAAUGAAGCUGAAGCCGAGGCCAGUGGUACAGGAAGACAUUAGGGAUGGUGAUAUGUGAGAUUAUGGAAAGUCUCCAGAAGAAGCCACAUCUCCAGAAGAAGCAGCAUCUACAGCCAGCUGACAUGACUACUGCUGGACAGUGCCAGGAGAGCCACUUUAUAGGAGAAAAGCCAUGCUUUUUUUCUUGAUGCUUUGUAAUGGUGAAGAGAAUAGAACUGAGGUAAAGGAUACUUUUCACAUACAACUUUUCUGCAUUUAAUGGCCAUCCUGUAGCAUUACAGAUGGCACAAAGAAAUGUAUUUUUGCUAAAACAAAAUAAAAUUA